CCAGCCUGUGAGAAGCAACAGCGCCAAGCCCUACCCCUCGCUGUGUCCUGUCCACAAAUCCAGACUUUGACCCUGAGCUUCAGUCCCCGUUGGCGGGCAGAGGGCUGAGGACAGGACGCCUCAGAAUCAGGAGACUCCUCUCAGGAGGUAAAAUCCUGCGCCCAGCUGUCUCCUUUCUUCAGAAGUUUGGCAAUCCAGUGCGGGACCCUGAAACAUCGGCUGUUUAUUUCUCACCUGCUUAGCCCUCAGAUUUUCCACAUAGUGUGAUUUGCCAGCCCAGUGUGCCUGGUGCUCGGGGGCGUGGACUUGUGCCGGCACGAUGCGCGUGGUAGUGAUCGGAGCGGGUGUCAUCGGGCUGUCCACCGCCCUCUGCAUCCACGAGCGCUACCGAUCAGUCCUGCCAUCCCUGGACAUGAGGGUCUACGCAGAUCGCUUCACCCCGCUCACCAACACCGACGUGGCGGCCGGCCUCUGUCAGCCCUACCUCUCGGACCCCAAAAACCCACAGGAGGCGGAUUGGAACCAGCAGACCUUCGAGUAUCUCCUGAGCCGCGUCCGUUCUCCCAACGCCGCAAACGUGGGCCUGGCCCUAGUCUCAGGCUACAACCUCUUCCAUGAAGCUAUUCCGGAUCCCUCGUGGAAGAACACAGUUCUGGGAUUUCGGACGCUGACUCCCAGAGACCUGGACAUGUUCCCUGAUUACAGCUACGGCUGGUUCAACACAAGCCUGAUUGUGGAAGGGAGGAGGUAUCUACAGUGGCUGACUGAAAGGUUAACGGAGAGGGGAGUGAAAUUCUUCCAGAAGAAGGUGGAGUCUUUUGAGGAGGUAGCAAGAGGAGGUGCCGAUGUAAUUAUCAACUGCACCGGGGUGUGGGCUGGGUCAUUGCAACCGGACCCCCUGCUGCAGCCAGGCCGGGGACAGAUCAUUAAGGUGGAUGCCCCUUGGAUGAAGCACUUCAUUAUCACCCAUGACCCAGAGAAAGGCAUCUACAAGUCCCCGUACAUCAUCCCAGGGAUCCAGGCAGUGACUCUUGGAGGCAUCUUUCAGCUGGGGAACUGGAGCGAGGUAAACAACAUCCAGGACCACAACACCAUCUGGGAAGGCUGCUGCAGACUGGAGCCCACACUGCAGGAUGCAAAAAUUGUUGCUGAGUUGACUGGCCUCCGGCCAGUACGCCCCCAGAUUCGGCUAGAAAGAGAACAGCUUCGUUUUGCAUCUUCAAACACAGAGGUCAUCCACAACUAUGGCCAUGGAGGCUACGGGCUCACGAUCCACUGGGGCUGUGCCCUGGAGGCAGCCAAGCUCUUUGGGAAAGUUCUGGAAGAAAGGAAGUUGCUCAAGAUGCCGCCACCUCACCUCUGAAAACACCAGUAACCGCCACCUCCCCAAGGACUCCUCGCUCCCCUCGGCCAACCAGUGUAUCCCCCUCUAAGCUGUCUCUUCUCCACUUCAGCCCUGGCUCCUUUCUGUAAGAAGUACCAGAGGAGAGGAAGAUCACAAGGCCCAUUUCUGGAGGCGAGUCCAUCCCUAUCUGGGGCUCCCUUUGAUCACUGGGGUCUCUCCACCCACUCUGGGCCUGACGGUCUGAAGAGCAGUUGGGGGCCAUUAUAC